CCCCCCCUCUUGUUGCAUUCUUCUAUCUCUUGGUAUUUCUACAAUUGGUAUCAGAGUCUUGUUCCUCAUUUGAUUAGGAAACCUUGAGAGCAGUAUCCUGUUCCCAGAAAAGAUGUUGAAGAUGAAUGAACGUAUGGAAGAAGGGUACUCUACACAAAGGCCACCCAUGUUUGAUGAGAAAUUCUACACUUAUUAGAAGAAUAGGAUGGAAAUCUUCAUUAAGGCCGAGAAUUAUCAAGUUUGGAGAGUUAUUGAAAUUGGAGACUUUGAGGUGACAACCAUCAAAUCCCAUAAAGAAAUUAUUCGUAAACCUAUGACUGAAUACGAGAAAGAAGAUUUUCAGAAGAUGGAGAUGAACACUCUUGCCAUCAAAUUACUUCACUGAGGUCUUGGACCAAAUGAGCAUAAUCGUAUUAUGGGUUGCAAAACUACCAAGCAGAUUUAGGACCUACUGGAAGUUACCCAUGAAGGAAUAAGUGAAGUGAAACGCUCCAAGAUAGACUUAUUGAUGUCCAAAUAGGAAAGGUUUGUCAUAGAACCUAGGGAAAACAUCCAAGAGAUGUUCACCAGGUUCACUAAUAUCACAAACAAACUUGUCUCUCUUGGAAAGAUUAUUCCCGUUGAUGAACUGGUCUGGAAAAUCCUUAGGAGUCUUCCUCAAGAUGAACGCUGGAGAGCCAAAGUCACAUCCAUCCAGGAAUCUAAAGAUUUCACCAAAUUUAAUCUGGAAGAGGUGGUUGGUUCCCUUAUGACACACGAAUUGCAUUUGGGAACAACAGACAGUUCCCGAAACAAAGGCUUGGUUCUGGCAGCAAAUGAUCAUGAAGAGUCAGAAACUGAUGAAGAGGAAGCUGCUAUGUUGGUACGAAAAUUCAAGAAGUUCUUCAGGAACAGCAGAUACGCCAACCAAAGAAAUAAAAAAGAAAGAGGAACUGCUAACAUGAAGACAAAUUUCGAAUGCCACAAAUGUGGAAAUACCGAUCACUUCAUCAAGGAUUGCCCACAAUGGAAAAAUGAAAAGGGCAAGGGAAGCAGAAAGACAACCAAUGAAAGGAAACUUCAAAACAGACUUUCACAAAGCCAUGAUUGCAGAAUGGGGUGAUACCGAGAGCGAAGCUGAGAUAGUAGUCCCCGUAGAAGAAGAAACUGCAAAUCUGUGUCUCAUGGCCUCUCAUCACAGCAAGGUUGAAGCGUCUAAGGAAAAAGAGGUUCUAGUGAGGGGGAACAACUCAUGGUAUCUCGACAGUGGGUGUUCCAAACACAUGACAGGUGAUAAAUCAAGAUUUCUCUCACUGGAAACCUAUGAUGCAGGAACAGUGAUGAAACAGCCGAAAUCAGCGUUAACAAUAUAAUAAUAAUAUUGUCUACAAAGCACAGCGGAAGACUUAUAGAAGUCUGGGCUGAAUCCGACCUGUAGCUCGAUAGCCACAGCAACCAAUAUCAGAGUAUUUAAAAACUUUACAAAACUGUAAUACAAUCACUUACAACCCAGUUAUAAACGAAAUUAAUACAUUAUAAAAUAUCUAUUUUUUAUUUAAAAAGACAUGAUUUGUCAAAAUGUCAUUAUAAGUUAACCUUCCGAAAACGAUGUCCUCGCUAUCGCAACACAUGACACAUAAAUGGGCAGCACAUCCAUCUACACUAAAGAUGGCAACCUGAAAGUGGAUCUAUCCCCUGUAAGAGAUAGGCCCUAUAUAAAAAAAACUGUCAACAAUUGUAUUGUUGAGUAAUCCAACAAACUACUACAUUUGUAUACAAGUCAUUAAUAAACAUCUCCAAUCAAAUUCCUUGUUCACUUGGUAACCAUUUAUAAACAUUAGUUUAUCCUUCUCAAAACACUUUUAAAAGGCCGUUUGAUAUCGGCAUAAAUGCGGCUAUGAACCUUUAGUUCAUAACGAAUCAAAACACGGCUAUUACUUUACAAGUUAAUAGCGUAAAUCAAAACUCUUUUAAAAAGAUCGUUUGGUAUCGACAUAAAUACGGUUAUGAACCUUUAGUUCAUAACAAAUCAAAACACGACUAUAACUUUACAAGUUAAUAGCGUAAAUCAAAAUGUGGCUAUUACUUUACAAGUCAAUAGCGAAACAAUACGGCAAAUGACAAAUAUGAUAUCAUUUGCAAAACAAACAAAACUUUAUGUACCAAACGUAUUUAUUCAAAACUCAUAUUAAAUCAAUAAUUUAACAACACUUAAAACGUGGGAAUAUAUGGACCGUCAGGAAGUAGGCUUGAUCUAAAUCCUGAGAACACGGGUGAUCGUCAUCACUGAAAAUACGGUUCUUGCAAGAACGAAACGGGAUCGGGGGCUCGAGACCGAUCCGAAUAACCAUUACCUAUUAUCAAGCUAUAGGAUUUCACAAUAAUCCGGUUAUAAAUAUCCGUUGCCAAUUCCCAAAAAAGGACAUUUUUCAAUGUCGAACAUUGCAAUAUAAAACAAAACAAUAAUUCAAUUGAUUUUCUUUGAAAUCAACAAUUAUACCUCAUUUUCAUAAUACAAUAUUUCAAGACUCGUAUUUUAUAAGUUAGUAACAUACAAAAUAUGUUUUUGUAAUCUCUUUAAAUGAAUACAAUAUUUAAAAGCUCAUAUAUAAAAAUAUGUGCACAUUCAAAACAAUAAUUAAUAAGGACCAGGAGCAAGGUCAAACAAGGUCAAAAUCCACAGUUUCAAACACCAAACGAUUUUGCUCAAAUAUCAAUAGUAGUAAUACCACACCUUAUAAAACAUAACUUGAACUUUGAAAUACUUGAAUUAAAUUUAAAAGAUAGGAUAGUAAUUUGCUUGUAGAUUACCUUUCUACGCCAUGAAUAACAAUCAAUAAUUAAAAUACCAAUCAAUUCAUAUGUUCCCAAAUUUAUACUUGAACCAAACACUCAUAUUAUUCAAUUAAGAUCCAUAACCCAACAAUACCAAUCCAAAAAGGGAAAACAAUAAACC